AGAAAGGGAGAGACCGAGAGAGAGAGAGGAGCGGUCGAGUAUGAGCGGGAGCAGAGCGAACGCGGUGUUCUACGCCGAGUCCUACCAUCCGAUCCAGGCCGGAAGCAUCGACGGCACAGAUACUCUCCCCCACGACAAUGCCGUCUACAGAGCUCUCCUCUGCUCCUCUGCCGGCCUCUAUGACCCAUUUGGUGAUCCGAAGGUAAUUGGAGACCCUUACCGCACUGUGUUCGUUGGUCACCUCAACCACCUCACUACUGAAGACACUCUUCAUAAGGCUAUGAGCAAAUUUGGUAGAGUUAAAAGCUUGCGAUUGGUCAGGCACAUUGUAACUGGGGCAUCACGGGGCUACGCUUUUGUUGAAUACGAAACAGAAAGAGAGAUGCGGCGGGCAUACGAGGAUGCUCACCAUUCCAUGAUUGAUGAUUGUGAAAUUAUUGUUGAUUAUAACAGGCAGCAGUUGAUGCCAGGGUGGAUUCCAAGAAGGUUAGGAGGCGGCAUUGGUGGUAAAAAGGAGUCAGGACAGCUUCGUUUUGGAGGACGAGAGAGACCAUUUCAAGCUCCCCUGCGACCGAUCCCAUUGGAUGAUCUGAAGAGGCUUGGCAUUCCACCUCCACCAGAAGGAAGGUACAUGUCACGCUUUCAGGUGCCACCACCUCCCAGAAGAAAAAGGAGCAAUAUGGACAGGGAAGAACCUUCGCACAGGGGAAGCUCUAUUGACAGGGAAGAUCGAUAUCACAAAGGUGGCUCUAUAGAGGGGGAAGAACAUUCUCAUGAGGGAAGCUCUGUGGAUAGGGAAGAACACUCCCACAGAAGGGGCUCUAUAGACAAAAGAAGUACCAUUGACAGGGAAGAAAGGUUUCACAAAAGAAGCUCUAGCGACAGGGAAGUGCGCUCUCACAAAAGAAGCUUCAUGCACGGGGAAGAACACUUUCACAGUAGGAGCUCCAUGGAUUGGGAAGAGCACUCUCACAAAAGCUCUAUGGACAGGGAAAGACACAGUCACAAGCGCCAUAGACAGUACUGAUUCCCAUGAUCACUCCUCAUCACUGAUUUCUAGCAGCAUCAGCAUUCAUCUAUGAUUCUAUAAUACAACAUAAUUGGGUAACUUGAGUUGGAUGCAUAGCAUAUGCCUUCCAAAUCAAUCUUAAUCGUGGUUCCCUGAGCUAUGCUACUUAAUUCAAAGUGUGAUGAUCCCCAGUCCCCAAAACCAGCUUUCAUGUUCUUUAAUUUCUAAUUUUAUAUAAUGAUAAAGCUGAGAUGGUGGAAUGAUUCG